GAGGGUGCGAGAGUGAGUGGAGUCUGUCCAUCGCAUGGCCGAGGCGGCUGCCAAGUGCCCUCAAGCCACCCACACGGCGCUCAUGACAUCCCUCCAGGCCGAGUGGGACUUCCUGAUGCGCGUGAUUCCUGAGGAGCCGGCGACAUUCGAGCCACUGCGCGACGCCCUGACCCACUACCUCUUCCAGCUUGGUGACCACGCCGUGACGCCCAUCGAGGCCAAACUCAUGAUGCUGCCUGCACGGCAUGGAGGGAUGGAGGUGCGUGACCCAAUGCAGCGAGUGGCAGCGGCCUACGAGACAUCCACCAAGGGCACCUCCCUAUUGGUGUCCACCAUCCAAGACGGCGACCCACUCGACGGCCCCCCUUUCAACCCCUUCCAGCAUCGCGCUGUUAUGCAGCAGGCCGUCAGCGAGGGGAAGCAGGCUGGUGACGAGGCCGCGAGGGAGCGCUUCGACGACACGCUGCAGGAGCUGCACCCUGAGCGUCGGCAAGUGGUCCAUCGGGCGGUGGAGGCCAAGACGGCGGGCUGGGUGACGUAUCGGCCUAACGCGAAGGACCACACUGACCUGACCCCAGCUGAGUACCGCGACGACAGCCCUCCGCUACGCGUACGAGCCUCCCGAGAUGGACACGCACUGUGACGGCUGUGAUGCCCCUUACUCGCUUGACCACGCCCUCAACUGCAAGAGGGGAAGCUUGGUGAUUCGGCGGCACAACGAGGUGUUGGACGUCCUGGGCGACCUGUCCGCCCAAACGUGGGGGCCGUCGGCAGUCAAGAAGGAGGUGGUGCUUGUGGAGGGGGAGAGGAAGGUGGG